UUGAAAAACAUGAAUAUUUGAGCUCUUGAUUGAUUGAAAGUAGUUUCAGCUACAAAUGCAAGAUAUAUUGAACAAAUACGAUUCUACUCAGACAAAUACGAUUCUAUUCAGAGUCAGAUAAAAGUUUUCUUAAAAAUCUAGCAAAUCUUUCGUUCUAAAAUGUCUGACGCUGUUGAAAUGUUAUCUCCCCCGAUUACAAUUUUGAGGAAGGAUCCUCUUCAAAUAGCAAUUGAGGAGAUCAGAGCUUCAAGACUGGAGGAAAAGGGAGGCAGAACGAGUGAGGAAAGAAUCCAAAAUAACGCUCGAAAUGGGGAAGAUGAGUUGAACUACUUAGCGGCCGUUUAUCAUUACGAGAGGGCGAUCAACUUCAUCUCAAUGUCACUCCCCAAAAUCCAACUAGUUGACAACAGAAUCAAACUGGAUAAGAAACUGCGAGAAUUGAACAAGAAAAUAACAGUGCUGACAGCCCAACAUGAUGAGAGAGAAAGAAAAAGGUUUGAGGCACGAAUGAAGGAAGAAGCGAAGACAAAGUAUUCUGUAAUCGGACCAGUGGAUUCUCUGAACACUGAGACUCGUGCCUUCUUCAAAUCAACAAUCGAAGAAAAAACGUUUCCUUUCGACCCUGAGCUAGUUCAGCUAUUUCUCACUCCGUAUAUGGAAGAAUCUAAACGAGGGAUUUACGACGACGGAGAUGAAAGUGAAGACGAAACUGAUGACGCCACUGGAGAGAAGAUGAACAAAUCAGAGAGGAAACGUGAUAAGAUUUUCGAUCCGGUUCUCAUCUACGGACCAAAACAAGUAGGCAAGAGUCACUUGGUGAAGACAGUGUUGCCAUUUGAGCUGCCUGGAGUGACAUUUGUGAGCGUGUCUGCAGAGGAUCUUUCCAUAUAUGGCCCCAUUCUGUUCAAGUAUGCCUUCUCCUUCGCCAGACAACACAUGCCCGCAGCAGUCGUACUGGAAGACAUGCAUCAUCAGGUGUAUGAAGGCGACGACAACGCAAAUAACGAAAUCCACGAGACGAUGCGAGCUUUCAUUCUGAACAGCACAGAUAUCCAAAUCAUAGGAAUAUGCAGCAGUCCCUGGUCACUUGGAUCAGAACAGCUCCAAAUAUUCCCCCGGAAGAAAAUGCUGGAGUACCCUACUGUCGAGCAGACCAAAAUGUUUCUGGAAAAACGAUUCCAGAAAAUGUCGCACAGCCUUUCGUCGAACGCAUUUGACCUGCUGACUCAAGAAAUCGACAUGUUAGACUGGGGCGCAAAGGAGCACCUCCAGUUUAUUGACAGCUGCCACACAAAGUGUGAAGAGCUCGAGUUAGAGUGUGAACAGGUGAAACAAGAUCACGCCCAGGCGACUGAGGAGGAAAUAGAAAGUAUGCUCCGACCUCAUUUGUUCACACUCGGAAUUGCUAAGUCCAUCAUGAAAACUGUGCAAGAAAACAGGGGCGAAAUUGAAGAUAGAUUCAAAAUCCUCAAAAAGUUCAAUGAUUUCGCAAAACAAUACCCCGAUGAAGUUAUUUAGCGACACAAAUUCCGGAACUCGCGUAACUCUGAUUUUGAAACUGCCCAGAAUAUACAUUCAAAAAAAUUGUUAGCAUAUAGUUUUGAUUGAUCAAAAAUAAUAAUGUUAAAACUUAAUUCUACAGAUUCAAACAGUCAAUUCAUGCUCUUCGGUUUUUCUUUAUAUUUAGUAAUCAUCGCACAAAAGACAUGCAUAAAACUAUUAGCAGAAAAUGUUAUCAAAAAUGCGUUGUAUUAUUUUCAGUUUAUCUAACUAACUUUCUUAAAAUUGGCAUGCUUUUUUUGGAUAAUUUCUUUUCCUAAUAAUAUUGCUCUUUUGAAAUGCAAGCUAAUUUUCAAUUGGCUUGGUGUUGACCCACUUUAGCAUUGGCUCCAAUCGCAGAGUUCCGAACAUUAACUUGAAUUGGUUGUCGUUGCAAUGCUAGCUUCAGAUGCCUCGGUGUGAACAACACCAGAAUGGGAAAAAGAGCCACAAUUAGAAUAAGAGGUCCGAGCAAGAUAUAUGUCUCGUUCUGAUCCCAAUCCAGCACGAAGUUAAACACAACUCCAACGCAAGUACUUAUGAAGAAAUUGUACAUGCAAAUCGCGAUCGACUUGCUGUCGUUUAAAGCUUCAAUGUUAACAUUGCGGGUCUCAAAGGCGAGGAAACCGCCGAAAAGUAGAAUUAGAGCUUUCGUUCCACCAAAAAUGUAGAAGAAAACGCUGCUAUUCAUGGUACACUUGAGUGCGUUGUAAUGAUAAUGCUGCACCGUUAACUCGUUCAGUAGCUCGGUGUUGCGGUGGGUUCGGAUCAGCUCGUACCCCAUAGGGUCGAAAAUCAUCGCUAGAGUCAAAAUAAUAGCAUCCAGUCCGAUCAAAAUCAGAAUAGUUACAACAAGUUGAAGAUCACUAAUGAUCAACUUUUGAGCGUGAAACUGCGUGAAUGCUUUGUAAACUCGCCAUGUUUUGGCAAAAAGGGCGCCAAAAGUAGUCGUAAACCCGAGGUUGAUUGAAAUCAAGUAAAAGUUACACGACGCGAGAAAAAUGUCAGUGUCAAUAGUUGCUGCAGUCGAUGACAUUGCGACGACGCACAAAAAGAGAAGAACUGACCCCAUAAGUAUGAAGUUAUUGAUAAUUGGUGAAGUAAUUUUGAUUAUAGGCUCAUUCUUAUAAAUGAAGUUUAUAACCGCGAUACAUAUACAAAGCAAAAUACAAAGUCCGGCGCAGGUACAACAUACCAAAGCAACAACUUUAUUGACAGUUACCGUUUUUUCGAUCACCCGAAUAACAGUUUUUUGUGUGAAAUCUGUCGGAACAGCGCCUGAUUUCCAAUAAAUAGUUUCAAUGCUGACGUACGAUUCGGAUGAAAAUUGUGAAAUUUUCACAGUUUCGGAAAAGUCAACCAAAUGCUGCAGUUGCAACUGAGAAGUUGACGAGAAAAGUCCAUCGAAACGAACCAAACCCGAGACGCCGUAAAAGGAAACACGGUCCACAUUUGUCAUAAAAGACUCCAGUUUCUGCUGAGUAGUUUUCUCAGAUAUAAAACUGUCGAUGCAUUUCGCAAUUAUCCAAAAGCAGUCGUAUACAUACAAAUCCCAGUAUUUUGCUUCUGGAAUUGCUUCGAAAACCUGCUCUGAGGUAAUUCCAACAUCAGAAUCGACUCCUUUUAUGCUAGAUGGGUCCAAAGUUAUUGACAGGAGCCCGUUGCUUUCGGAUUUGAUUCGCGAAAUUUCGGAAGUGGUGCAAUAGUCUGGCAGAGAGUCCAAAAUUAACUCCCACGUCCACUGAUUCGAGAACCACACGUAGUCGGAAGUCAUUAGGCCAGCUCUGUAUGCGGCACAAAUGACUUUUCCAUGACCAGCGAUCAUCACAGCUCGGACUAUUUUGACGUCUUUUAUUUUGAAAGACUCAAGUUGUUCGGCUAUAUUGUCCACACUCAUGGACACAUCAAUGAGCUGCGUGUGAAUCAGACUUCUAUUGUAAGAUGCUCUUAUGGUUUCAAGCA